AGCGCGGAGCGAGGCGCGUGCUGGUGACCGGCGCCGCAGUGACCGGCGUGACAUUGACCUUGCCGCACGCGCCGGGCUGAGUGCAGCCGCAGCGGGCGGGUGCGUCGGUGGUGGUGACAGGGACAGGGCAGCGGCCCCUGGCUGUGGUGCAUCGGCCAGUGUCCGUCUCCUGCGCAGCGCAGCGCCGCGCCCGUCCGUGAUUGGACCUGCAGCCAAGUGACGGAGGGCGCGUGGUAGCGGAGUGGCGAUGGGCCUGCCGGGCUGACGGCCGCGCCCCGCCCGCCUCACCCUGGCGACCAUUUCGGUGUCGUCGCUCAUUAUGGAGAUGCGGCGCGGCAGCUCGCCGCUCUCGUCCGGGCCGCUGUUCAAGCUGGCCGCCUCGCCGACCGGCUACCUGGCGGCGCCGGGCCUACUGACGACGGUGGCCGGCCGCGCCGCGCUCAUCAAGCAGGAGCCGAUGGUGGGCUCGCCGGAGCCGGGCCUGCCGCGUCGGCCCGGCCCCGAGGAGUGGCUGCCGUCGCCGAACCAGACCAGUCUCGACUCGACCUCGCCGUUCGGCGCGCCGCCCGGCGGCCAGACCGGGGCCGGCUUCUCCGUGUCGCCCAUGUCGUCCAGCAGCUACGACCCCUACUCGCCCACGGGCAAGCAAGGUGAAGGAUCGAGGCACAUAUCGACGUCAUCUGUGGCUUCCAUUGAAGGCCCCGACGAGCUGGCGUCACCCUGCAGUAAUGGCCAGUACGGCAUGGAUGAUAAGAAGAAGAAGGGUCCGGCGCCGCGCCAGAACGAGGAGCUCUGCUUGGUCUGCGGCGACCGCGCCUCCGGCUACCACUACAACGCACUCACCUGCGAAGGCUGUAAAGGUUUCUUUAGAAGAAGCGUGACGAAAGACUCAGUGUAUGUAUGCAAAUAUGGCCAAAAUUGUGAAAUAGACAUGUACAUGCGGAGGAAAUGCCAAGAGUGUCGGCUGAAGAAAUGCAUCGCCGUCGGGAUGAGAACGGAAUGUGUGGUGCCGGAGUACCAGUGCCAGGUCAAGCGGGAGGCGAAGAAGGCGCAGCGCGAGCGGGACCGGCCCAACUCGACCACGUCGGCGCAGGACACGCCGGCCGACACCAAGCGGCAGCGGCUCGUCUCCGCCGGCUCGUCGCCGUCGGUGGCGGGCGCGGCCGGCAGCGGCGGCGGCAGUAUGCCGGCGCCACUCGCCUUCCCCGUCAACCGCAAGACGCUGACGGCCGAGCAGGACGAGCUCAUCAACAGGCUCGUCCGCUACCAGGAGGACUACGAGUCGCCCACCAAGGAGGACAUGCGUCGCUCAGCGUUGGAGCGGACCAGCUCGGACCCGGCCGUGCUGCAGUGUCAGCAGAUCACCGGGCUCACCGUGCUCACGCUGCGGCUCAUCGUCGAGUUCACCAAGCAGCUGCCCGGCUUCCAGGACAAGCUCUCGCGGGAGGACCAGAUCUGCUUAGUCAAGGAAUGCUCAAGCGAGGUGAUGAUGCUGCGGUGCGCGCGCCGUUACGACGAGGGCACCGAGUCGAUCGUGUUCGCCAACAACUACCCGUACACGCGCGAGGCGUACGAGCGCGCCGGCCUGGACGCUGCCACCAUCGACAAGAACUUCAAGUUCUGCAAGAAGAUGUGCAAGAUGAAGGUGGACAACGCCGAGUACGCUCUACUCACGGCCAUCGACAUCUUCUCAGACCGCUUCAUGCUGCACGAACCGGACAAGGUGGAGCGGAUUCAGUCCAUCUACGUGGAGGCGCUGCGGGCGUACGUGGACUGCCAGCGGCCGCAGCCGACCGGCGUCACCUUCGCCAAGCUGCUCAGUGUGCUGACCGAGGUGCGCCAGCUGGGCAAGCUGAACACCGAACUCUGCUGGUCGCUCAAGCUGCACAAGCCGCUGCCGCCGUUCCUGCACGAGAUUUGGGACGUGCCCACCUAGUGGCCGGAGUCGAGGCGACUUGCGGCGCGCGCGCCGGCCGGCCGGCGGCGCACGCGCACCAGUGCCUUGGCGGGUCGUGGCGCGGCGCAGACGGACUGCCCAGCAGCCGCCGGUGACGGCACGUGACGUCGCGCCGGGCGGCCGCGUCUGACACUGCGGCGAGACUCGUCGCGGCGCGGCGCGGCGCGGCGCGGCGUGCCGUGCGUCGUCAUGGAACUGCGGUGUGUGGUGUCCACAGAGGCCAGCUGUAUUUUAUUCCCAUAACGGCCCCGCUUUUUAUAGCUCAUGACCAUUGUUAUACGUGACACUUACAUCUCAUUUUGUGUACAAACUUGUAUGAUUUUCAUCGCAUCGGUGUGUCGGCGUCCUGCGUUGUGAGCGCCCCUGCCCUUAUUUAUUCUGAUGGUUGAUUUGUAUCUUUCGCUGUCCGCUCUUCCAUCCAGACGCGUGUGCAAACACUUUUGCAGUGCUAUUUUAAGUUGGCAAAGCGGUGUUUGUGCAAUAUUGACACCAAAUCCGAGGUUGGACUCCAUAAUAGCCGACAGUAGCUGUUGUUGAUGGGACCUAUCCGCGGACUGGCGGAGCCGCCUGCCGUCCGCUCUCUGAGCAGAAGCCGGGAGCUCUCUCCUCUCCAUAAUCCCGCCGGUGGUCAGCGCUGCCGGCUCGGACGCCGCCUCCGCCGGCUCCUAGGUUGUGAUGAGAUGUUCGCGGAAGGGCGCUGAUAUUAGUGGGAGCGUGGUGUGUCUGGUGUCUGUGACCACGGAGCCGGGUGUUAAGGGCUGGCAUCACCGCUGCUCUCUCGAUCGCUCGUGAUAGCUGCACCGAACGCCAACAAUCGGAGUGCGCUGUUUUCCUGUGACGCGGGCCGCGGUGUUCUACAUUGGUUUGAGUGAACUGCAUGCAUCGUUUGGGACGAAAUGUCUGUUAAUUUGGCGCCAAAAUGGCAAAUUGCACUGUGCAGUAAGAAAACAAUUAAUCGGGCAUGUUUGAAGGUAGCCAGGGUUUGCCUGUUGAAACGGCGUAUUUCACUUGAUUUAGACGCCAAUCUUGGCUCGUGAUGGUUCGCAUGUGCACUGCAAGUAUGCUUGUAAUAGGAAAACGGGAUAUUAUCUCAAAUUGUGUCGUUUCAUGUCGUAAAAAUGGCCCUCAGCCUCCGGUGGAACCCAAAGAGCUCCUACCUGCCUAGCAGACCCGACCCCGCAAACAGCUGCCGUUUCGUAUAUCCAGUGAGCGUUGCCAGACGAGUUUGUCGGGGCCCGUUUCAGUGGCCUCAGGACGUGGCGUCCGUGCUGGGCUAGCGUCCCCUGGUCGGCCGCCUCGGGGCGCGCGCGGACCACGCCCCCUCCCGGCCCUGGACAGUGCUGAAAGUACAAAGUCGUCUGAUACAAUCGAACGCAUCCGGCGGCUCGCUGACCCGAGCGAGAGAGCGAGUUUGUACACAUUUCAUUUGUACAUAGGUGGUCAUAGACUGUACCUGCUGUUGGUGUGCGUGCGUGUGCGUGUGCUGGCGGGCGCUCGCCCGAAGCGAUGUGGGGCUCCACGCUCGCCAGUGCAUCUCCGAACGUGUGAGCCUUUUUAUAUGCAAGGGAACGGUUUAGUCCUCUUAUUUUUGUCCAAUAAACUGCAAAUGUGCGAGGAUGUCA